UCCAAGGUAACAAGAGCACAAAGGCGGAGUUAUAAAAGUUUAACUAGUGGUGGAUAGGGGCGGUGGAUUUUCCCAUGUUGGAGUUAACGGAAUGCUGGUUAUUCUACCUCAUACAAAGACGGGGAAACUUGAAGCACCAAUUCUACAAUCAGAAUGCUACUUUUGAAUUACACCUGCCACGAGGACAUAGCUUUUAGCCACGCGCAAUAAGAAACAACUAUAUUCUCAUUAGAUGUACUAGUGUAAAUUGUGCAUUUAAAAAACGAAUGGUAGCCUAUGUGAAAGAUGUCUGAGACAUCUUCAGUCAACUCUGGGUCCAGCCAGCGACUCUUGCAGCUGUCUCUGAAGGGUGAAUGGAUUGCGCUCGAGCAGACAAUCAAAGGGUUGGACAAGGGAGACCCAGAACUAACCGUGAUCGAUGAGGAGUCUGGCUUGAGUCUCCUGAUGAUUGCAGUGAGGGAGAACCGCCUGUCUGCAGUAGACAGACUACUGGAGUUAGGAGGCAGCCCUAGUGAAAGGACAAAGGAUGGCAGGACUGCAUUGCAUGUAGCUGCAGCACACUCCAAGGAAGACAUUGUGAAGCUCCUGGCCAGAAAGGCAGAUCCUGACUCACUAGGAGGGCCCAAGGACCAGCUGCCUCUCCACUUUGCUGCCUCCCGAGCCACCCCAUCCCUCGGUACCAUUCAGACACUGCUCAAAUUCUCCAGCAAAGAGGCCCGGCUCGUACCAGACAAGGAUGGCUGCAUUCCACUGCUCUUAGCCGUCGAAGCCGGGAAUGUUGGAAUCGUUAGGGAGCUCCUUGGAACUCUAUCUGAGCCUCAGCUUAGGGCUCAGAAAACAGUUAGUGGAGAUGCAGCUCUCCAUGUCUGCUGCCGAAAGACGGACCUGGAGAUGGCCAAAGUCCUCAUUGAGAACGGGGCCAAUGUAGACAUCCAAAAUGAGGAAGGACAGACUCCUCUCCACAUAGCUGCCUGGGAGGGAGAUGUGCUGAUGCUGAAACUGUUCUACCAGAGCAAGGCCAACCCUAAUGUCACUGACAAGAUGGACAGGUCACCUCUGCACAUCGCUGCAGAGCGUGGCCACACCAACGUGGUGGAGGUCCUCACAGAGAAGUUCAAGUCCAACGUGUUGGCCAGAACUAAGGAUGGCAGCACCCUGAUGCAUGUAGCCUCCCAGUGUGGACACCCAGAGACCGCCCUCACCUUUCUGAAGAAAGGGGUCCCACUGCACAUGCCCAAUAAGUCAGGUGCAAUGUGUCUCCAUGCUGCAGCCAAGCAAGGUCACACGGCUGUAGUGAAGUCUCUUCUCCUGAAGGGGGCACACGUGGACACCACCACUAAAGACGGCCUGACGGGCCUACACAUCGCUGUGCAGAACUGCAAGCCCCUCGUGGUGCAAAUGCUACUGGGCUUUGGGGCUCAGGUCCAACUCAAUGGAGGCAAGGCCCAGGAGACCCCGCUGCACAUCGCUGCCAGAGUGAAGGAGGGGGAAAAGGUGGCUGAGAUGCUGCUGAAGAGCGGGGCUGAUGUCAACGCAGAGCAGGAGAAUGGGGAGACGGCAAUGCAUGUUGCUGCUCGCCACGGUGGACUUCGGAUGAUGAGAGCCCUGAAAGAGGAGGGAGGAGACCUCACCUGGAGAUCUAAGGCUGGAGAGAACCCUCUCCAUGUCGCUGUGCGCCACUGUCAUGCCCAUGUGGUGGAGGAUAUUCUCACCUAUCUGACCAGUGAGAGAAGCCGUGAGGAAGCCCAGUGCUGUGUGAGCCAGGGGAACAGGAAAGGGGAGACAUCGUUGCACUUGGCUGCUGAGCUGCAGAAGGAGAGCGUCCACAGAGAAGGAGAAGACGUACACAUUAUCAAGAUUCUGAUGGAAUAUGACGCAGACAUCACUGCCGCAACCAGAGAGUCCUGUGAGACUCCCUUUCACUACUGUGCCAGAGUGGGCAACACUGACGUCCUACAGGAGAUGCUCAACAGUGUUCCCUCCAGUCGCCUGCAGAUGGCAGUCAACAAGCACUCCAAGAACGGCUGGUCCCCGUUGUUAUUGGCUUCUGAGAGAGGUCACACAGAGGUUGUUAGAAUCCUGCUUCAGAACCACGCCAGGGUGGACGUCUUUGAUGAGGACGGCAAGGCAGCUCUCCACUUGGCAGCAGAGCGGGGCCACGAGGACAUUUCUGACAUUCUGCUGUCCCAUAAGGCCUUUGUGAACGCCAAGACGAAGCUGGGCCUCACUCCACUACACCUGGGGGCCCAGAACGGCUCUGCCAGCCUGGUCAGACAACUGGUGGAGACACACCUGGCCAGCAUCGACGCUCUCUCCCUGACGAAGCAGACUCCUCUCCACCUCGCUGCCAUCAGUGGACAGCUGGAUGUGUGCAGCAGCCUGCUGCAUCUCAGAGCAGACAUCACUGCCACAGACAUACACGGCCAGACGCCCCUCCACCUGGCUGCAGAGAACGACCAUUCUGAGGUGGUCAAGCUGUUCCUGAAGCACCGUCCAGAGCUGGCCACCCUGGCCAAUGUGGAGGGGGCCACCUGCACCCAUAUCGCUGCGGCCAAGGGCAGCCUGGCCGUCAUCAGGGAGCUGCUCAAGUUCAAACAGGGGGGAGUGACCACGCUGAGUAACAAGACCAAUGGCUCCUGUCCUCUGCACCUGGCGUCUGCUGGGGGACACACCGAGGUGGUGAAGGUCCUCCUGGAGGCUGGGGCGUCUGUAGCUGAAGAGGACGCAGAAGGGAUGACAGCCAUUCACUUGGCAGCCAAGAACGGUCACACACACAUCAUGGACGUGCUGAAGGGAAGCAUCUCCUUUAAGAUCACCAGCUCCAAGACAGGGUUGACUGCGUUGCAUGUAGCAGCCCGUUUUGGUCAGGUGGACUUUGUCUCAGAGAUCCUUACCAAGGUGCCAGCCACCAUGCGCAGUGACAUCCCAAACAGCAACAGUAGGGAGGGAAUACCAGUGCAGCAGCCCCCUUCAGAGUCAGGAUACACUCCCCUGCACCUGGCUGCCCAGUCUGGCCAUGAGAGUGUGGUGAGAUUGCUGCUCAAUUCCCCUGGUGUACAGGCAGACAAAGUGACAGACAUACAGGGCUCCACCCCCCUUCACCUGGCUGCCCAGAGUGGUCACAUGUCUGUGGUGGGGCUGCUGCUGAGCCGCUCCAGCUCUCUGCUGCACCUGAGGGACAAGCAGGGCCGCACCUGUCUGCACCUGGCCUCCGCCAGCGGCCACGUGGCCAUGGUCAGAGUGCUGCUGGGCCAGGGGGCCGAGAUCAACCACACCGAAGAGAGUGGCUGGACCCCACUCCACUACGCAGCCAAAGCAGGCUGUCUGGACAUGGUGCGGUUCCUGGUGGAGAGUGGGGCGUCGGCCAGUGUAGAGUGCCAGGGGGGACGAACACCACUGCAGUACGCUGCCGGGGAUAACCACCAGGGGACGGUUAGCUUCCUGCUACGACGACAAGAGAACAACAUACUGAGACUGCUGGAGGACAGGAAGUUUGUGUUUGACCUGAUGGUGUGUGGGAAGCUGAACUCCAACACUACUCUGGAGGAGCUAGUUCUUCACUCCGCUGCUCCCCUGGACACGGCCGUGCGUCUGUCCCGAGCCCUGGGCCUGGCCGCCCUCAGGGAGAAGGAGCGCUACGUGGACCUCCAGGCAGCAGCCCACCACUGUGAAAGCCUGGCCUCCGACCUGCUCAGCAUGGCCUCGAGCGGGGGGAGAGGGGCCGGCGCCGUACUCAGGGCGGUGGACCAUAGAGGGGCCAGCGUGCUGGACUGCCUGAUCGAGGGGAGGCAGAAGGGAGUGGUGGCCCACCCGGCUGUCCAGAAGUACAUGACGGAGGUGUGGUAUGGCAGUCUGCAGUGGGACUCCUGGAGGAUCCUGCUGCUGUUUUUUGGCUUGCUGCUCUGCCCUCCACUGUGGCUGUUCCUCUCACUGCCUCUCAAACACAGGUUCAACACGAUCCCCAUCGUGAAGUUCAUGAGCUACCUGGUGUCCCACGUUUUUCUCCUGGCCCUCUUCAUCCUCACCAUUGCCUACCCCCCGCUGAAUCCCAUCCACCUGGGUCACCUGCUGCCUGGAUGGAGUGAGUGGCUGCUGCUGGCCUGGCUGGGGGGCAUGCUGGUGUCUGAGCUCACCCAGCCAGGGGAGCGCCACGGCCUAGCCUGGAUCCGAGUGCUUGUCCUGGGCUUCUCCGCCGCUGCCUUGCUCUGCCAUCUCCUGGCCCUGGUUCUCCAGCUCUGGCCCCCCUCCCAUCUCCACUGCCUUUUCACCCGGAACGUCCUACUAGCCGUGGCAAUGACUCUAGGCUUCAUCCAGCUGCUGGAGUUCCUGACCUUCCACCACCUGUUUGGCCCCUGGGCCAUCAUCAUCAGUGACCUGAUGAAGGAUCUGGGAAGGUUUGCUGUCAUCCUGGCACUCUUCCACACCGCCUUCACCAUGAGCUUGUGUGCCGUCUACAAUGCCACCUUUGUGAAGCCGGAGACAGCAGGCCACACCCCUCGGGAGGUGUCCGUCCUGCUCUUCUUUGCCCUAUUCGGCCUGACGGAGCCUAAAGAAAUGCCUACGUUGGUGGGCUCACCCCCGGCUGCCGGCGUGGUGGCCCAACUGGCGUUUGGCAUCUACCUGGUGGUGACGGUGAUCGUGCUGAUCAACCUGCUCAUUGCCAUGAUGAGUGACACCUACCAGCGCAUUCAGGCCCGCUCGGACACUGAGUGGAAGUUUGGCAGGGCCGUGCUCAUACGGGACAUGAGUAGGAAGUCGGGCACGCCGUCUCCAUUCAACCUCUUCACCAACCUCUUCUUCUUCGCCAAGGUGCUUUGCAAACAUGGAGGUAAGAUCUGCUCUACAGAGGGCCGGGACCUGAUGACUGAAGAGGAGGAUGCAGAGGGUCUGCCUGACCCCCGCUCUCUGGACAUACCAGCUCACACCUCCCUGGGCUGGAUGAGGACCAACAAAAGGACACAGAUCCUACCUGAGGAUGGCCAGGCCCAGCCCCUCCCCUCCAGCUCCAGGCUGGCUGGCCAGGUGCGUGUGGAGCAAGUGACAGACUGGGCUGUGGUAGUCCAACGCUACCUGGCGCUGAGAGGACAGGGGGACAGAGGCAUGCAGGAGAGGGACCCUGGUACUGGCCCUGCCCAGCACCCUGACUGAUCCAGUCCAUCCGGAACCAGGACUCAGUGUCUCUGACUAACUCACCCACACCUGACUUAUUAAGCUGUAUCCUGAUUCUCCACCCUUCUCCCACAGCAUGCUCUUGCACACUUUCUGUCAUGGAUUUAACAAUAUUGGAAGAUCCUUCCAAUGAUUUAUCCAAUCAAAUGCUUUUAAAAUCCAUGUCAGAAAGUCUAAGUGCACACUGUGGGAGAAGGGUGGAGAAUUGGGAUGCAGCCUAUGAGCCUUACCCAGCAGUAUCCUUAGGACCUUAGCCAAGCCUUGUCGGGACCCAGCAUCUUUAGGAGCCUGCACACAGCUUAGCCCGACUGCCAGGACCCCAGCCUUAACAUUAACAUGAGCCUUGAAUACUUACUGGACAGUAUGACUCCAGCCCUGCCUUACCAAUGGCCCAAUUCUGCCAUGGCCUACUACAUCACAGCAACAACCUGUGAAACAGAACUACCAGCACCAAACACACUGCCUUUAUUAUCAGCUGUCCGUGUAUACAUUACUCUCACUCACAAUUGACCUGAUUGUCCACAAUGGGAAAUCACUUGUGAUCCAGUGCCCAGGGCCCAAUUUUUCAAAAGCUAUCUGAUUAAAUGCAAAGAAAUAGAAUAAAAAGAAAGGGCAUAUAAUUUAGUUAAAUGGGGACACCUGUUCUAUUCGUUCCAUUUCUAUGCAUUUAAUCCUAUCCGAUUGCCAAAAUCCGAUCAGAUAACUUUUGAAAAAGUUGUCCCAGGCUAUGGUUUAUAGUGUGUAGCUUCAGAUAUUCUCCAGUAGAGGUUCUAGUUAGACUACUUUCUGUCAGGGUUGUUUGAUGAGCUGUAUGACAGACGUAUGAGCCUGUAAAAACAUGCGAGAGAGAUGAUGUGAUUUAUUAGGGAAAGAUGAUACCUAGUCAGUUGCACAACUGACUGCAUUCAACUGAAAUGUGUCUAACACAUUUAACCCAACCACUCUGAAUCAGUGCAGGGGUCUGCCUUAAUCGAGUUCAAUGGCACCGGGGAGCAGUUGUUGUUGGGGGUUAAUGCCUUGCUAAAGGGUAGAACAGCAGAUUUUUCCACCUUGCCGCUCAGGUAUUCAAACAAGCCACCUUUCGGUUACUGGCCCAACACUCUUAACCGCUAGGCUAUCUGCCGCACCACUAUUAUAGUGUAGUAUUGUCCUGUCAUCAUUACUUUCAUGCGACAGUGCCUUGAUUAUGCAUGGCGUAGCAUUUCAUUAUAAUGACACUUUUAUAGGGACAGUAUUGAGAAAAAAAUUGUUAUUUGGCAAAUGAACCAGGUGUUACUGAAAUACCUGUUUAUUUUGUUUACUCAAUGGCAGUAGAUAAGUGUCUACGUCAACUCUGCCAAUUAUGUGGACUACAUGUCCACAUAAGCCUCCUAUUUUACAAUAUACAUUAUAUCAUGCUUCAUUCUACAGUUAAAUAUGUUUUUAUAACAUUUUUAUGAAUAGUGUUUAUUGUAGUGAUGUGUUUAGAGAAAAGUAUAAUUGUAUUAUCAUGAUAUAACAUGAGUUACUCAGUAACUCCAUUACUUAAUGAAAAUGGUCAAACCUGUGAAAUAGAGCAAUAGGAGGUCAAACCAGUCUGCUUUCUCUGUCACAUCAUUUACUUUAUUAUGGGUCACUCCUUCUCCCCCCUCUCUCUCUCCUCUCCCCUCCCUCUCCCCCUACCCUCCACCUCCCUACCCUCUUUCUCUCUCUCCUCUCCCCUCUCUCCCUC